UUUUCUCAGACUUCAACACCUUCAGUAGCUGCUGCUCAGCCCCAUUAACCACAUUUGGAAUUCAAUAUUUGAAAGCCACUCCAUUCCCCCACCUGAGUCGGCUAUUGUCAAUGCCUUUUUCUGAUAGUAAAAGACUGGAGGCAACUGCUACGCCCACUUGGACACGCCCCUGACUUCGACACCGCACCGCACUGCACCGCAUCGCGUACAACUUCACUUGUCAAUUCUCAAUUUCAAACUGCAAACGAAGCGUAACCAAAGUUUUGCAUCAACUUCAGCUACAACUGCAACAACACCAACAGCAACAAAUGCAACUCAAGACUUGCCACCUUGCCAGCAUGCGACGGUUCUUCAACACGCGACGCUUCAUUCUAAGCGGUAAGAAUAAAAUUAGCAUUUUGAAUCCAUGCAGCAGCUGCUCCCCCCGCAUCUGCUCCACGCUCUACAAGCUGCUCUUUCUGGGCAUGCUCUGCAUGCUGGUCAUGUUGCUCUCGGAACGCGAUGCAAGUAUCAACAAGGUUGCAACUCCCCCGGCAACCCCGUCACCGCGCAUCUUUUGCAUCAUCUCCACGUAUGGCUAUCGACAAUCCACCACCGCCAUUCACAUCAAACGCACCUGGGCCAACCACUGUGAUCGAUUCCUCUUUGUCAGCGACGAUUCCCACGAGGAGAUCGAACCAGCCGUAUUUCUCAAAGUGCCGGACAAGUGGCAUCAAUACCGUGCCCACUUGGAGUAUGUCCACAGAUAUCAUUUCGAUGAAGCCGAUUGGUUUCUCUACGCCAAUGAUGAUAACUUUGUGGUUGUGGAGAAUCUUCGGCAUAUGCUGCAGUCCAAGAACCCAGAUGAGCUUGUCUACUUUGGCUGUAAGCUGAGAUCUCACUCGAAUCAGGUCUAUAUGUACGAUCGCGCUGCCAUUAUCUUUAGUAGCGCCACUCUUCAACGGUUUGUCCUUCAAGCCCUGCCCGAUGAGUCGAUUUGCGGAUCAGGGGAAAUGGGCGGCGCUGCAACUGAAGAAUUGAGUCGUUGCUUGAGCAAUAUUAAUGUUCAGGCUGGCGAUAGUCGAGAUCACUUGGGCCACCAUCGAAUACUUCCAUUACAGCUCAAGGAACAUCUAAAUAUACCACUAAAUGCUUCGCUGGAGCUGCACAAAAACUUCCUAGAUCGCUCUUACUAUCAAGUUGAGAAUAACCAGAUACCAGUUUCAGUGCGAUUUAUCAGCUCACAUAUCGAAUAUAUGCCAGAUGCAUAUAAUCUCUAUUAUAUGAUCUACCAAGUGAAACAGUUUGGAUUGCCCCCUGCAAACAAUUGGCAGGAAGCAGGCGAAGAACAGUUCAAUUUAGAUGGAAAUGUGUACGAUUAACUAAA